CUCCAGUCCGAUAGGGGGCGAUGAGACAAUCCUUACCCGGGUUUGGCACCGCCGCCGUGACCCGGAAGAGGUCACUUAAUAGGACUCUGGAGGUCGUGGAAGCGGCUGUUGGGAGUCUGGACGCUGCUGCGGCGCUAGCAUGAACGCUCCUCCAGCCUUCGAGUCGUUCCUGCUCUUCGAGGGCGAGAAGAAGAUCACCAUUAACAAGGACACCAAGGUACCCAAUGCCUGUUUGUUCACCAUCAACAAAGAAGACCACACACUAGGAAACAUUAUUAAAUCACAGCUGCUGAAGGACCCACAGGUGCUCUUUGCUGGCUACAAAGUCCCCCACCCCUUGGAGCACAAGAUCAUCAUCCGCGUGCAGACCACACCGGACUACAGCCCCCAGGAGGCCUUCACCAAUGCCAUCACCGACCUCAUCAGCGAGCUGUCCCUUCUGGAAGAGCGGUUCCGGGUGGCCAUUAAAGACAAGCAAGAAGGAAUUGAGUAGUGGGGCUGCAAGGACUUUUGCCUGGCCUGUAAGCGCAGUUCCUACUUGGCACCAGGCAGAGGAGAGCGGCCAGUCAUAGCUGUGGCGGCUGUGACCCUCCUUGGAGCCAUCUGUGAGCCCCUCACCCCUGAUGUACAUACAUUCUGUUUUAUUUUCCUAAUAAAGUAUGGCAGGAAAAGA